GCCGCGGUGGGGCAGUGGCGCUGGUGCUCCGCUUUUCCUCGCGCUCCUCCUGCUCGAGUCGGCGCAGUCCCGGCUCCAGCCCGGCUUUACCCCGAGCCCUCCGUCCUCCCCUCCGACCGGGGAUCCUUGCGCCCCCGCAGCGCACCCUCAGGCCCGGCCGAAGCACCCCAAGACCAGGAGCAGCAGCGCGGUCCGCAGGCGAUGGCUCCCUGGCUCGGGCUGGUCGUACUGCUGGGCAGCUGGAGCCUGGGGCCCUGGGGCGCCGAGGCUUGCACGUGCUCGCCCAGCCACCCCCAGGACGCCUUCUGCAACUCCGACAUCGUGAUCCGUGCCAAGGUGGUUGGGAAGAAGCUGGUGAAGGAGGGGCCCUUCGGCACCAUGGUCUACACCAUCAAGCAGAUGAAGAUGUACCGAGGUUUCACCAAGAUGCCACACGUACAGUACAUCCACACGGAGGCGUCCGAGAGCCUCUGCGGCCUGAAGCUGGAGGUCAAUAAGUACCAGUACCUGCUGACAGGCCGUGUCUACGACGGCAAGAUGUACACGGGGCUCUGCAACUUCGUGGAGCGGUGGGACCAGCUCACCCUGUCGCAGCGCAAAGGACUCAACUACCGCUACCACCUGGGCUGCAACUGCAAGAUCAAAUCCUGCUACUACCUGCCCUGCUUUGUGACCUCCAAGAACGAGUGCCUGUGGACCGACAUGCUCUCCAACUUCGGCUACCCCGGCUACCAGUCCAAACACUACGCCUGCAUCCGGCAGAAGGGCGGCUACUGCAGCUGGUACCGGGGCUGGGCGCCCCCGGACAAGAGCGUCAUCAACGCCACAGACCCCUGAGCCCGGCCGCCGGCCGCGCCCCCCCUCCCCGCUGAGCUCCCCUCGGACACUAACUCUUCCCAGAUGAUGACAAUGAAAUUAGUGCCUGUUUUCUUGCAAAUUUAGCACUUGGGACACUUAAGGAGAAGUCUGUGCUGUCCAGGGAGGAGAUCUGGAGCUGUCCUCCGGGCCCCGCCCCAGCCUUCUCUCUUUGCUUCUGACAUCGCCGUUCUCACCCUGGGAAUCUCUGGCUUCCUGCCGGAAAGAAUGAGGAAUGUAGAUGCCUCUUCCUUGUGAUAUAUAAUCUAUAUUUUUUUAGGAAAACAAAAAUCAAAAAAUCUAUCCUCUCGGGCCCCUGUCACUGCUCCUCCUCUUCCUGCCAUGUCCUCCCCUCCCCAGCCAGCACCUAGAGGAUGCAGACAGGAAAUUGCUGAAGCCCACCGCUUCCAGGCCAGUCUGGGCCAGCCAACAGUUAGAUUCCAGGUAGGCGGAAGAGCUGGUACCCGGGGAGAUGCUGCUGCAUGUCCCCGGAGGGCCUGUCCGUGUCUGCCUGCAGGUCGGCGCGGGGAGGGGAGGAGCAGGCUGCAGGCGAGGGUUGACGGGGCACAGCGCAGUCCCCGGCUAUGCGAGUCUGGGGUGAGCUCAGGCCGGAAGCACAGCGCUGUCAAGACAUAAACAUCCGUCUGAGGCUGGGCGGCAGCUCAGCGAGAGGCUGAGACCGGUGUCUUUCCUCUCCCGUGUCCCUCCCUGAGAGCCUCCGCUGCCCUGAGGGGGCCACCUCUGUGUGAAAGGGAGAGACACGGGGGCACCAUGCACCUCUGCACCCCCGGGAUGUGUCUGCACCCACACCUGCAUACACCUACGUGCGUGGGGACAUAAGCUAAUUUUCUACAGGACACAGAAUUCUAUUCAAUGCUGUUAAAUACACCAAUAGUUUAAUCUCUUCUAUUUUGUUGCUGUUGCUUGUUGGAAGAAAACCAUGACAUUCCGAGUUGACUUUUUCAUUUUAAUUAAAGACUGAGAUUCUGAAUACCCUCGGCACCCUCUUGUCCCGUUACCUGGGCCCCUCUGACCUCCUUUUCUCCUGCGUCACCUUUGGGGGCUUUUACUUUACUGCUCUCUGGCUUGGCAGACGGCAGGUGACAGUUACUUUGGGCUGGGGACUUCAUACAGGAGGGACAGCCCAGGGUCCUGCCCCAGCUGGAAGGCCGUCCUGUCCCCGAUUGGGGACAGCCUGCUCCCCUUCCCAGCACCCUGGUUGGUGACGCCACCUCCUGAAGCCCUCACCCUGUGGAGUGACGAGGGUGGUCACUGGGGAGUUCUGGCUCUGCAAUCAACUGUAGGGUUUUGUUGUGUUUUUUUUUUGGAAAUAAAACUAUAAUAUAAAUCCUAUAAAUAAAAUUAAGUUUUAGUGUCACAGUGA